GGUCACCAACUGCAGCAAUGGUGAAUAUCUCCAAAAUCCGCAAGAGCAACGCGAGCUUCGCGGCGCAGGGCCAUAGCGGCCUAGUGUGCGUGUUCGCGGGGGCUACGGCAGGCAUCGGCGCUGCAACCCUCAGAGAGAUGGUGGGUUUGCUGCACUCGUCGACCUUCUACAUUCUAGGACGGGAUCCGUCGCGUUACGGAGACAAACUCGAUGAGCUGAAGAAGAUCGACCCCACGAACAGCAUCGUCUUCAUCGAGACCCAGGUAGCCCUGAUCUCGGCGAUUGACGCGGCAUGCAAGCAGAUCUCUGCCGCUGCUGAGAAGGUUGACAUCAUAUGCAUGAGCCCCGGUGGAAUGCCCUUUCAAGGAGCAGUCUACACAGAAGAAGGCCUCGAGUCAUGCUUCGCCGUCUCGUACUACUCGCGUCUCCGUCUCAUCUCGAAUCUCCUGCCCCUUCUUCACCGGUCCUCCCAUCCGCGCAUCCUCUCCAUUCUUAACGGUACCAAGGAGAAGAAAAUCAACGAAGAAGACAUCGGUCUGGAGAAGAGCUGGGGCAUCAUUGCCGUCAUCAACCACACCACUCUAUGCACUAGCCUGGCCUUCGAUUAUCUUGCCGCGAACGACAGCCAGAAGCAUAUCACAUUCCUGCAUGCCACGCCUGGUUUGGUGCACACCGGAACCCCUCGUACCGCUUAUCCCUCGAAGGCGAACGGAUGGGUGUGGUGGGCCAUCGUGUUAGUGAUGCAAGUUGUGUCAGGAUGGAUCAUUCGCAAUUUCGGCAUGGCGGUAAAGGAGUCUGGCGAGAGACAUGCAUACGAGCUGACGAGCGACAAGUUUGUUCCUGGCUCGUGGCGCGUUAAUCACCUCAAUAAAGUCGUGCCCGACAACGACGUGCUCGUGCAAUAUCGAGAGAACGGAUGGGGUGAGAAGAUUUGGGAGUUCACAAACCGCGUCUGGGAUGAAGCCUUAGCGAAGGGUGCUAAGCCAUGA